UCCUCCGCACUCAGACGAUCUUUAGUUGAGCUAGCCGGCUAACUGUUAGCAGAGAGAGACGCCAUUAGUUGGGUGAAAAAGCAGGCAUUGGCUACAGGCUGAAACGGGACCUGUCUCCGGUUUUGGACCGGUCUCCCUCCGAGCUGCGGGCAGAUUCUGAUAAAAGUCGGGUCCGUGUGUGCUGUCGCACUGUCUCUCUCAUGAUUUUAGCUUCUUUUUGAAGUCGGAAGCCGAUGUGAGCUGCGCAGGACUUCAUUUCCGACUGGGUUAGCAUUAGCAGUGCUAGCUGUGAAACCCCCGUUUUUCCGGACAAAAAAGCGGAGGAUUUGUUUUAAGUGCCAGCCAUGGCGGCAGGAGGGGCGGCGAACAGCGGCAAGACCUAUUCGUUCAAGGUGGUGCUGCUCGGGGAAGGCUGCGUGGGGAAGACGUCGCUGGUGCUCAGAUACUGCGAGAACAAAUUUAACGACAAACACAUCACAACUCUACAGGCGUCCUUCCUCACAAAGAAGCUGAACAUCACAGGAAAAAGAGUAAACCUCGCCAUAUGGGACACGGCGGGUCAGGAGCGUUUCCACGCGUUAGGUCCCAUCUACUACAGAGACUCCAAUGGAGCCAUACUAGUGUACGACAUAACAGACGAAGACUCCUUUCAGAAGGUGAAGAACUGGGUGAAAGAGUUGAGGAAAAUGUUGGGGAACGAGAUUUGUUUAUGUAUAGUAGGUAAUAAAAUUGAUUUGGACAAAGACAGACAUGUUUCAGUGGAAGAGGCUGAGAGUUACGCCGAGUCGGUGGGAGCCAAACACUACCACACAUCAGCCAAGCUAAAUAAAGGCAUCGAGGAGCUCUUCCUGGAUCUCUGUAAAAGGAUGAUGGAAACGGCUCAGGCCGAGGAGAGGUUGAAGGGCAACGGAGCCAGCCAAUCGGCAUCGAGUAGGCGGGGUGUACAGAUCGUUGAUGACGAGCCACAGGCCACACCUGCUGGAGGCUGCUGCUCCUCUGGCUAACACACACACACACACACACACACACACACACACACUUUCUCUCUGUGCUUGCAAACAUAAUAUCCACACACACAUUUUCCAGUGUCUGUCGGUCCGCUCUACAGUAAUCUGCUGUAUCCAUUCAGCGCCGCCUCUGCUGCUAAGGAGCAUGGGAAAUCAUAUUUAAAUUUGUUUAAUCUGUGUUCCCUCCAAAAUAAAAGUACCUGAAGUCCUUAUGAUUAGAGCGAGUGUGCGUUCAGUGAUUAAAUCACUUUCUUUAAUGGUAAUAACUCCCCAUGUUAGUUUGUCAUUGAUAAACAUCCAUCUGCAGCUGUUUGUGUGUUUGUACUAAACAUUAUUAAUAAAAGACAUGAAAUCACUGAGGACAGAAAGUGGAGGCUCGCACCUUCAACACAGAUUUUUGUUUUUGUGUACUCGGGAAAGUUCUGUAGGGGUUAAACAUGCACGCACGCACACACACACACACACACACACACACACAGAACAACCCCCACUGCUGCAGAAAAACAUGAUCAUGUCUUCAAACCCAGAGGAGGAGCAGAGGACUGACAGUUUGUCACGCAGCGACUCCACCUGCUGGACAGAAGUCAAACUGCAGUGAAGUGAGCAGUUUGAAGGUUUCCUGUAAAGGUCUUAAAGCACUGACAGAAUAACGGGGGUCUCUUUUCAAAACACAACUGUGCUGCAGUUAAGUCCACCAGUUUAUGGGAGGAGCACAGCAGCUGUAAGGAAAUGUAGAAGCUCAGCUGAUUAUUUCAGGCUGCAGGUAGUCACUGGAUAAGGGCUCCGCAGAGCAUGUGGGUGCAGAAAGCUGAAGAAGGCCUCCCAGAAUUUGAAUCCCACUUGAAUAGUGUGCAUUGUAAUUUUAACGAGAGGAAAAAGUGUGUGAACUCUGACUUUAAUUGAAGCAGGAAGCUGAUAAAUGUGCUGCCAAGAAGCAGAACUGCAGAUAUAAAAUUUACAACUUCCACAUUAAGUAAAAAUGCAUUUCAAGCUUUGCAAAAAAGUCACUUUUUGUUUCGGUCUGAAAAUCAAAUUCAUUGGUAAAAAAUUUAUUUUUCAAAUACGUCAGAUAUUUGUAAAUUAUUUAGCCAAUAAAAUGUCAAAAAAAGUGAAACGUGACAUUUUAGUCUGAGUUUUGUUGCAUUCCCAAACCAAAAACCUACCUGGAGUUAAAUUUAUAUAAUCGUGUUCAGAAAUAAUUAAAUCAAUACGUUUCUAUCCAAUGAGGGAACAGUCACUAAUUGUGCUUAUGUCGCCCCCCAGUGGCAAUUUUGAGAAUAACAAGGUAUUUCUAAUUACAGAAAAGCAGGAAAUCUGUGCUAUCGGAUUGUUUUUGUGAUGGAUGGCUGGGGGAAGAAAGCAGCUCUCCUCCUCUUCCUCCCCCUGAUUCAGUGUGUUUUACACACACUUUAUGGAAAUGAUACUGUGCAUGUCUGAUUUCUGUAAAUGAGUUUUUGUCUGACUUUUCAAAUAAAAAAAAUCCUGUGCAGUGA